CAAAACCCAGAAAUAUUUUAUCCCUUUUUACAAGACCAUGUAAAUAUCGUUCAGUACACUAGCAUGGCAUGAGGCGUGCUUGGUGAGGCGAUGGCGUCGGCGGUGGCGGCUCGGCUGGCGGGCAGCAUCGCCAGAAACCCCCUGGCUGAGGGCCUCAACCCGAGGAUCUCUUCGGAGACCUUCACGAAGGAGAUCAUCGAUGAUCAUCAGAACCUGAACUCCUCUUCCUCAUACACCCUGACGAGUGGCCAGAGCGAGUUCAGUGGCGAUGUGGACCGAUGGAUCCGGGGCACCUCUAUGGAGAGCACUGGAGUGCAGAAUAGCAGGACCCGCCUAGUCCAGCGUUCAACCCUGGCCAUGGUGCCGUCCCUGGGCACCUCGGGUAUGUGGUACGUGCUCGCCAUGAUCCUGCCGCUCUUCAGCAUCAACACCAACUGCACGCAUUGGCGGUGUAACCCUAGUGUGAUCUGUUAUGCCCUCAGUGCCGUGCUGACCACUGCUGAGCUGGUCAUCGCCCACAUCGCGAGCAUCUGCGAGAGGGUCCGGGCCCACCUCCGAAGGCUCGCCCAGGAUCAGGUGGCCAGGGACCUGUUUGCGACCGCCAUGGACGUCGUCCUGGUGGUGUACGCCGUCGGCUUCCUCAUCCUCUCCAUGUACCAGGCCUCGAUUAUCGGUUGAGUGGUUUUGGACUCUAAAUUUACGGAAGUGACUCAAGACUCUUUUUUCUUUCAGAGGU